AUGGAUAAGGGAUGGAGUAGGCGAGUCGCGUUAUUUAUGAAACAACUGGAGAAGGAAAUUCACGAAUUUGAAAGGAGAUCCGACAAUGUCGCAGGUGUUUUUUUGUAUUUGUGGAUAUCAAUUUGUGGAAUAUUUGAGUUUGUGGAUUAUGCGAAUAGGAGGUUUAAUUGGAAAAGUGUCGUCAAAUUAUCGAAAGUGUCGUCAAAAGGUCGACAAAGUGUCGUGACCCUUUCGUGUAAGUAUCAAACAAGUGUCGUCAAAUAUUCCUCAAUUGUCGUCAAUCUUCAACCUCUGAUUCACGUGCCACGUCACAUGACACGGCUGUAA